CCCAUUUCCUCUCCCUCUCCCAUCAUUUUCCCUUCCAGCCUUUCAAUUACCAAGUCUCUGUUACUGCAACUUUUCGACAUUUGAUAAGCAGAUCCGAGCAGGACUGUCAGGUUGAUCUCAGUCAUCAUAUUUCCCUUUGUUGCACAUGCUUUCUGUGACGCUGGGGCCAGCGACGAUCCAACAAGGCUCUCACUCUCUUCCUCCUUCGCUGGGUUGCCCGGUACAAGAAAGGUACAUCGCUGCUUAGCUUGGGCCGCACCCAAUUGCACUUACCCGCCCGUCUGUCGAGGUCCUGGUGAUACCCACAUUUAUUCCACCGACACUGUCCUUGCUCGCCCGCCUUCCGGUCGCACUCUCUCGUCUCCCGUUCUUCGCUACCCAUCUUCCUCACCACUUCCCGCUCUUCCCCGAUUUUCAGGGUCGAAGCCUAUUGUCCUUUCAUCCUCACGCCCUGCGAUAUCCGAUUCCGAACGUCCGUCAUCGUCGAUUCUCGAUUGCUGCCAUCGACUGGUCCUUGGCCGAAACUCAUCGACCGACACGCUCGCCUUGCCGCCGAGCCCGCCGCCGACGAACCGCCGCAUCAACCAACGACCGCCUGCCGACAUUCUCAGCCUUGCGAUUUAUCUACCAUCUAGGAAUAUCACCUAAUCAUACUAUGGGCAUUUAACGUGCGUCCACUGGGAGAACACACGCUGCCUCAUUCCUCGCAUCCUUGGGAGCCCUGCAGACCCGAGGCACCAAACAAUUCUUGGUCACAUCAUUGCUACGGUUAGUGGCUCGACUUGAGCCUCGCCACGCCUGCCAAAAUGGGUGCCUGUAUGAGCUCGAACAACGAGGAGGUAGAACAGAAAAAGAAGAGUCAGGCGAUCGAUAGACAGCUGGAGGAGGACUCCAAGAGGUUACGCCGAGAAUGCAAGAUUCUCCUGCUCGGCUCCGGAGAGAGCGGCAAAUCCACCAUCGUCAAGCAGAUGAAGAUCAUUCACUUGAAGGGCUACUCCGAAGACGAACUAUACAAUUAUCGACCGACCGUCUUUAAGAAUUUGGUGGAAUGCGCGAAAGCAGUGAUACAGGCGAUGCGGCAGUUCGAUAUCGAGCCCCAAAUCGAAGCAAACAAGGCAUAUGCCACUUUCCUUAUGGAAUACACAGCCGAGUCUGGUCCCCAGGCGCACAUCGAUCCCCAAAUCGGCGUUGCCAUUCAAUCUAUAUGGAGCGACCCUGCAAGGGAGCAGCUCAUGGACAGGCAGACCGAAUUCUACCUGAUGGAUUCAGCAGAAUACUUUUUUCAAGAGGUUAUGCGCAUCGUCGCUCCCGACUACCUCCCCAACGAGAUGGACGUUCUCAGGGCUAGAACCAAGACGACUGGUAUAUACGAGACAAGAUUUCAGAUGGGCCAGCUCAGCAUACACAUGUUCGACGUCGGCGGCCAAAGAAGCGAAAGGAAGAAGUGGAUUCACUGCUUCGAGAACGUCACGUCCAUUAUUUUCUGUGUCGCUUUGAGCGAGUACGACCAAGUUCUGCUCGAAGAGUCCAGUCAGAACCGAAUGAUGGAAAGUUUACUACUGUUUGAUUCCGUGGUAAACUCAAGAUGGUUCAUGCGUACCAGUAUUAUCUUGUUCCUGAACAAGGUGGAUAUUUUCAAGCAAAAGCUUGGACGUUCACCGUUGGGCAACUACUUCCCUGACUACUCUGGCGGCAACGACGUCAACAAGGCGGCCAAAUAUCUCCUCUGGAGGUUCAACCAGGUCAACCGAGCACACCUCAACCUGUAUCCCCACCUGACUCAAGCAACCGACACGUCCAACAUUCGACUAGUGUUUGCGGCAGUCAAGGAGACGAUCCUAAACAACGCUCUUCGGGACUCGGGAAUCCUAUAAGACCGGAACGACUUGGAUCACCCAUUUUCUUUUUCUGUUUAAUGUUUAGAUUCAUCUCCUCUGUUGCGGGUCAGCGUUUUACAGCAUUGCCGGGCGUUGUGGGCGGCACUUCGUUUGGAUGGCGUUCACUCUGGUUUCUACGCUCGUUUUCGAUACGACACGGUCGAGCGAACGGGUUGGUUGGUGCCUUAAAAUCGACAGCGACAAUUCCCCUUUGCAUUCCGGAACCCGAAUCUUGAAAAAAUUCCAAAAAAAAAGGGGCAUUCGCAACCGGUUGCUGCCGCCCAGGCGAGAAAACCGGGUGUCGGGGAAGAGAGUAGGUGUGCACUUGGAAGCUCUCUAGGCGAGAUAUAUGCCGGCCGUUGUCUGGAGUACGGUAUUGGGAAAGGGGAGUUGAGAGACGAAGUGAUGAAUGGACCAUUCGUUUGGGACUGAUGCUUGGAACUGUGGGGUGGGAGUUGCAGGCAUAGCGAACAUCGGUCUGGCCAUCUCGAAAGAGCCGGGAGAGCACAGGGAACUGACUUUUAGCUGGAGCGUUGCGACAGCGAAAUGAAGCAAAUCUCUGCAUGCAUGCACCUGCGGCAGCUCGAGGGAGGAUGUGCGGAAAUAGAGCCUGGUUAGGGCUCGACAACAAGAUGACACGGCAUCCAGAGGUCGUGUGCGACUGCGAAAGAGAGCGUCGGUCGAUUGAUGAGGUUUUUGACGGGAACGACUAUGGAUGGGGGAGCUCUGAGGAAGGCUUCCCGACGAGAGGGAACGCUUAAGCGCUGGCUUGAGGCCUGGCAUAGAUGGCUGUUAUAUCGUAUUAAUACCGCAAGGCUGUGCGCGCUCAAAGCGGUGCAUCUGUUUCUCACC